UGUUUCCCAGUCAUGGCGCUGCUGUGAACUAGGCACGCGCAAAUGCAAAAGCAGAAUUUUUGAAGUGUUUCGUUCGGAAAGAAAACAGCCCAGCUUCACCGUAACACUCCUUUAUGUGUUUCUGUCGUGAUUGCUUUUCGAGGAGGAAUCGAUGCCGGUAUCGACGCUCACUUGCUAAUAUUGUGCAAGAGUGAGGAGGAGAGAGGAAUUGAGCGUCAAGUAUCAAUUGCGUCAAAGUUAGCUACGCCGGCUACCAGAUUUUAUUACUCUGCCUUUUCUUGGGCUAUAGAGAGACGGCGCAAUGUGGAGUUCUGAACUAUCGAGUCUGAUGUGACUGAAUUUCAUUUUUUAGAUUUAAUUCGCUUAUCAUUUCAAAUCACACAUCCACGACGACCAUGUCAGGGAAAACCAGAUACAAUUUAGUUGAUGAUGAUCACGAUUUAAGGAUUCCAAUGCACAACGAGGAAGCUUUCCAGCACGGGGUCAAUUUCGAAGCAAAGUACAUUGGUAGCCUGGAUGUGGCACGGCCGAAUAGCCGAGUGGAAAUCGUGGCAGCGAUGAGGAGGAUUCGGUAUGAAUUCAAAGUGAAGAACAUCAAGAAAAAGAAGGUCAACAUAAUUGUGUCUGUGGAUGGCGUCAAGGUGGUGUUACGGAAGAAGAAGAAGAAAAAGGAAUGGACGUGGGACGAGAGCAAAAUGAUGGUGAUGCAGGACCCCAUCUAUAGGAUAUUCUACGUGUCGCAUGACUCCCAGGACCUGAAAAUCUUCAGCUACAUCGCAAGAGAUGGGCAGAGCAACAUUUUCCACUGCAACGUCUUCAAAUCUAAGAAGAAGAGCCAGGCCAUGCAGAUCGUGCGGACAGUGGGACAGGCCUUUGAGGUGUGCCACAAGCUCAGCUUCCAGCACACCCAGCAGAAUGCCGAUGGCCAGGAGGAUGGCGACAGUGAGAAAACCAGCACCAGCUCAGCAGCAGGUCGGCAGUUAACAGGGGCAGAGAAAAAGGAGGCUGAAGAGAGGGACAUUGAUGCAGAGGAACUGGCCCUGCCAGACAGCAUGGUGGACAAGUUCAGUCGUGGGAUCACUGACCUGAAUGCAACCAAGGAGGGGGAUGACAUCAGCAAAGAUAAGAAGGUCUCUGAGAACAUCGUAUUGGUCGCAACCCCCAAGAUGCUCCUGCCCUCAUCCAGGCAGUUCCCCACAGGUGCACCCCUGUCUGUACACCAUCAGAUCCAGCUCCUCCAGCAGCAGCUCCAGCAGCAGCAGCAACAAACACAAGUGGCCAUGGCACAGGUUCACCUGUUAAAGGACCAAUUGUCUGCGGAGGCAGCGGCCAGGCUUGAGGCCCAGACACAGGUUCACCAGUUCCUUCUCCAGAACAAGGACCUGUUGCAGAACAUCUCCCUCUUGGUGAAACAGAUCCAGGAGCUGGAGCUCAAGCUGUCCGGACACAGCUCCAUGGGGUCCCAGGACAGCUUGCUGGAAAUCACAUUCCGUGCCAAUGUCCCGCCGGUGCUCUGUGAUGCUACAACCCCCCGACCAGAGGACAUGGCCCCACCCCAGCUCGGUGACGCCACACACCUCCAUCUGCCCCUUGGCAGCCCGUUAGGUAGGGACGGCUGCCUGGUGAAGUUCAAGUGUUUCCGCUUCCUCCGCCCUCCCCCUGAGGAGAAGAGCGUGGGCCAGGGCCAGGCCACACCCCCACCUCAGCGGGACGAGCUCCUGAGCAGCCUGGAACUCCUCAGGUUCAGGGAGUCAGGCAUCGCCUCGGAGUAUGAUUCCAACACAGAUGAGAGCGACGAGCGUGACAGCUGGGGCCGCAGCAACAGCAGCUUGCGGCUCUGCAACGUGCUGAACAAGGAGGGCCCCCCUGACUGUCUGGGGGACGAGAUUGCUGUCUAAUCCAGGGCCCUGGCCGAUGACAGCCAUUCUAAUCUCUGAUCCCACCCCUUUUCCAUGCAUAUGCUGGUGAAUAUACUUGUGAAGCCAUGCCCCACUAAUCCUUUUUCUCCUGCUUUGGUCUGCUUUGCACCUUUGACUUCAGACUUUCAUAUCUUGGAUAUUAGGAAUUUGCAAGUAGUCCCUCAAACUGUAGCCUGUCAACUGCGAGUCCAAAGGUGACGUUUUUUCAGGGUCUUGAGACAUCGACCAUUGGGCAGGACUUUCUCGGUGUUAUGUCAUGCAUGACUGUGUCCAAUAGAGACUCUCUGUAACUGAAUUGACCAUGGA